UCAUCCUCCAGGGUGUUGUGGGAGAGACUAUUGCCGCGUUCAAAACAACGGGGAGCUCGGAACUGAGAAAUCUCUGACUUCCAAAUUCAGUGCGUUCAAGACAACUGGGAACUCGGGAAAAAAACGAGCUCCGACUGGGAAAAUCUUUGAACGGCCAUCAAACUCUGAAUUCAAGUCCGGAACUGGCGCCUCUUACGAGAGCUCCGAACUGAAAAUCACUGACGUCAUGAUUUGACCCCGUUUUACCCAGUUGCCUUGAAAGCACCAUUAGGACACAGCUGGCGCUUAAACCGAGUAGCGAAAACUAAAACGGACUCUUACCUUAACCAAACCCUUAAACAUAACUCUAACCUAUACAUUCUGAAAUAUCGGGUUGGGCGUCAGGCGUGUCCUAAAAGGCGUUUUCAUGUGUUGUCCAUGUCAUUGCGAACCAUAUAGCCAAGUCUGAAUGUAGUUUCUAGUCAGUAAUAUUAAUUGAAUAUUGAUAACACAUACAGUUUACACCCGACAAGUCAAGAGCCUACAAACAAGUAAAGAAAGUGACAACUAAAUCAAAGGUCUCAAUUAAAAGUUUUAAAAAAUCCAAAGGUCUCUAGCCUAGACAUCCGCGUUCCCACAAUUUUCAAAUGCUUCGGGUCUGGUUUUCGAGACUAGUGGUGUUGGGUGAUUAUGGGCCCAGUCACUUUUCGGUCACUAUCGCCUAAUUGUUAUUUCCACUUCUGCAGUAAGUAUCUGAAACGAUGUGGAUGCAAUACAUAUUGUGAUGUUUACAAGACUACCAGUUAAUAGAACACAGUGGAACUUUGGCCAUAAUGUGUACGUUGUUUUCCUUUAAAAUAUAAAUGUACCAUGAGAGUAGGAAUUGGGCCUGUGUCGCACUUUGUUUCCAAACAGCGAUGCCUAGUGACGCCUACUAAGUAUGACGUGUGAACUAAUAUCGAACUAUGAAACAUUGUUGACACAUUGUUACAGUGUAACUUCAGCGGAAAUGUUGCUAUUUGGUCGUGCCUAUUGGAAUGUAUCUAGUAAUCCUGCGUUAUUCGGAUAGGUAUUAAAAUCAUUUAUCCAGCAAAUGGUCUCAAAAUAAUGUCUUAAUAAAGGUGAAUAAAUAAUGGUUUUAAUGACAGGCCUUAAAAUGUAAACAAUUGUUCAUUUGGAACAAAACAAAAAUAACCACAAUUGUUUUCUUACAAAUGUAUGCAUCAGCCGGGGGGCAUGUUGGGUAAGGAUCUCAUUACAACUCCGUGAAAUGUAGGCGACACAGGAACAGUGUCCCAGACUUGACCAAGCUAAAUGAUCAAACCAUUUAACCGUUAGGUGUUUAACAUCGCAGAUCGAUAUCUCAUCAGAAUCCACUUGGUGCCCAUAUCGCAUGUCAUAAUGUCAAAGUCGGAUUUCCCUCCAGCCUAUGAAGAUGCACUACAUGGCCCCAGGCCCCGGCAUGGGAACUACCCACAGCCCCCACCAGCGUAUGGACCAUACCCUGCUCAGUCCUCAGCUCAAUACCCAGGACAAGCAGGGUACCCUCUGGGCUACCCUCCUUCUGGGAUGCCUUAUUCCAUUCCUCUAGGAAUGCCCACCUCCAACCCAGUGGAAGACGAUGAAUUUCCAUAUUCUACAGCAUGGGAAAGCAUUUCUAUUCGACAUGCGUUCAUCCGAAAAGUGUACCUAAUAUUGGCUGCUCAGCUCAUCGUCACUGUAUCAAUUGUGGCUGUGUUUACAUUUGUUGAGGAAGUACGUGCGUUUGUCAUUAGGAACCCAGCCGUGUAUUGGACAUCAUUCGCUGUUUAUUUAGUCACUUAUUGCAUUCUUGUCUGCUGCGAAGGGCCAAGGAGACGCUUUCCUUGGAACUUUGUGCUGCUGGCCAUUUUUACACUGGCCAUGUCCUACAUGACAGGAACUAUAUCAAGUUACUAUGACACAAAAGCAGUGUUACUGACCAUUGGAAUAACAGCAAUAGUGUGCAUAAUUGUCACCAUCUUCUGCUUUCAAACUAAGGUGGAUUUUACAUCUUGUGGGGGACUUUUCAGUAUUCUUGCCAUCGUAGUCUUGGUUACUGGGAUCAUUACAGCCAUCGUACUAUCCUUUAAAUAUGUCCCAUGGCUUCAUAUGCUCUAUGCUGCAAUUGGAGCUGUCAUUUACACCCUGUUUUUAGCAUACAACACCCAGCUUCUCAUCGGAAACCGCAAGCUUUCCAUCAGCCCAGAGGAGUAUGUUUUUGGAGCACUUUCACUUUAUGUUGACAUUGUCCAGAUCUUCAUUUUCCUCCUGCAACUAGUUGGGGCUUCCACAGAUUAAAGGCAGGAGGACGACAUACGACCUAGUGUGGAUGGAUCCUACUUAUAUUGUAUUUUUUCACCUCAAACUGUUGCUGCUCAUACAGGACUGUAAAUUAUAGUUUAUUUUUUCUUGUAAUUCCAUUAACAUCACCCUAUGAGAGUGCUGCAAACUUUCAAUUAAGAUCGUUGUAUAUUUACUUAUUCCCAGAAUGGAUGUUGGUUAUGUGAUGAUUUGGUAAGUUAUGAAUGCAAUAUGCAUACAUGAUUGUCUGAAUCGCAUUUGAUUUGACCUACAGAUUUGUUUAAAAUACAUUUCUUGUCCUCAUGUUGCCUUUUUCCUUAAACCGUAAAAAUGUCAAACAUAAUUAAUUCAUUGUCAAAAUGGCUCAAACGGUCUCUGUAUGCAUCCAUUGGUGGUGUUACAGUUCAGCAACAAGGCCAUAUGAUAUAUGGCCAAUAUACCACGGCUAAGGGCUGUUCUUAGCGUGACGCAACGCAGAGUGCCUGGACAGAGCCCUUAGCCGUGGUAUGUUGGCCAUAUAUCAUAUGGGCGGCAGGGUAGCCUAGUGGUUAGAGCGUUGGACUAGUAACCGAAAGGUUGCAAGUUCGAAUCCCCGAGCUGAAAAUAAGAAUUUGUUCUUAACUGACUUGCCUAGUAAAAUAAAAAUAUAUAUCAUAAACCACCAAGGUGCCUUAUUUCUAUUAUAAACUUGUUACCGAUGUAAUUAGAGCAGUAAAAAUGUGUUUUGUCACACCCAUAGCACCCAGUUUAUUAUAACAUCGCUUCCAUUUUCCUCAAUUGUAUAUGUGAUAACUGUAGAAAAAGUUUACUUUUCUAGAUAUACAUUUCUGAUUAUCAGAACCAAUAAUUAAAGACAAUAUCUCAGAA